UCCAUAGUAUUUCUCGUCUCUGUUUUUUUUUUUUUGUUCACACCAGUUGGAUAAACUGACAGAUUAAACAUGGAAGGGAAGACUGCCUCGCGUGCGGCUAUUCUUGAAGUACUUGACAAAGAUAAUUAUGUGGACUGGAGUAUACGGAUGAAAACCUAUUUGAUGGGUCAAGAUCUUUGGGACAUCGUUGAAGCAACAAUCGAACCACCCAAACAAGAAGAUGGAGCUGCUUUUAAGGUUUGGAGCAAGAAGAACCAUAUGGCUUUGCAUGUCAUUCAGAAUUCUUGCGGAACAGACAUUUUUUAUGAGAUUAGGAAGAUUGUUUCAGCCAAAAUUGCUUGGGAUACUUUGGCAGAAAUGUACAAUGUGCCAAAAGAUACCAACUCAGUUGUUAGUGAAGUUCUUGGCAAAGAUAAUUAUGAGGACUGGAGUGCUCGGGUAAAAUCUUAUUUGAAAGCUUAUGAUCUUUGGGACGCAGUUGAAGUAAUAAUUGAACCUCCUAAGCAAGAAGAUGAUCAAGAUCAUGAUGCUUUCAAGGCUUGGAACAAGAAGAAUUACAUGGCUUUAAAUGUUAUCCAAAAUUCAUGUGGGCCGCACUCAUUUUCACAGAUCAGAGAGAUUACUUCGGCCAAAAUUGCUUGGGAUACUUUGGCAGGAAUGCACAAUGUGCCUAAAAAUACUAACUCAGUUGUUCGUGAAGUUCUUGAAGAAAGUAAUUAUAAGGACUGGAGUGCUCGAAUUAAAACCUAUCUGAUGGCUCAUGAUCUUUGGGACGCAGUUGAAGUAAUAAUUGAACCUCCGAAGCAAGAAGAUGAUCAAGAUCAUGAUGCUUUCAAGGCUUGGCACAAGAAGAAUUACAUGGCUUUAAGUGUUAUAAAAAAUUCAUGUGGGCUGUACUCGUUUUCUCAGAUCAGAGAGAUUACUUCGGCCAAAAUUGUUUGGGAUACUUUGGCAGGAAUGCACAAUGUGCCUAAAAAUACUCUCUCCCUCUCUCUCUCUCUCUCUCUCUCUCUCUCUCUCUCUCUCUCUCUCUCUCUCUCUCUCUCUCUCUCUCUCUCUCUCUGUGUCUGUAUGAAUGAUUCAGAUGCUCAAACCAAUAACGCUUUUGAGUGCAGUUGUUCAUGAAGUUCUUGGCGAAGAUAAUUAUGAAGAUUGGAGUGCUCAACUUAAAACCUAUUUGAUGGCUCAUGAUCUUUGGGACAUAAUUGAACAAACAACUGAACCUAAUACACAGGAAGAUGAUGGGGUUAUUGCUUUGGAGGCUUGCAAUAACAAAAAUCUCAUUGCCUUAGAUGCGAUCAAGAACUCAUGUGGGCCGGACACAUUUUCUCAGAUUAGAGAGAUUACUUCGGCCAAAAUUGCUUGGGAUACAUUGGCAGAAAAGUACUCAGCAGGCACGAACCAUAUCUAUCUUAUGUAUCGGAACUUGUGCAAGGCUUUGCGCAGUGGAAAUUGGACCGCUGCAAAGGAGCUUCUCCCGCGUCCGCCCAAUGCAGUGGGCGCGAUAAUCACACACAAGGGCGAGACGGCUCUUCACAUUGCUGUUGAUGGUGGACAUUUUCGUGUAGUGGACGAGUUGGUAAAGCUGAUGCCGGAACAGAACUUGGAAACCCUCGAUUGGGCCGGUUUAUCAGCCCUAAGUCGUGCAGCUCUUGAUGGAAAAAAAGAGAUGGCCCAGUGCAUGCUUAGAAAGAACGAGAAGUUGAUCAACAUUCGAAGUCCGAUUGGAUAUCUUCCGGUUUGUAUGGCCAUUAGUUUUGGGCACAUAGAAACAGCUCGCUAUUUGUAUUCUCUUACUCCACCGGAAGAUUUGAUGCCGGAAAGUGGCUAUAACGGUGCUAGUCUUUUUAUCGAUGCUAUAUCUACGGGAACCUUAGAUAUUGCUUUGGAUUUAUUACAGCGUUGCCCACGUUUGAUAUUUGCUAAUAGCGAGUAUGGGAACUACCCCUUGAUGGCAUUGGCUUCUACGCCUCAUUUAUUCCCUAGUGGAAGUCGGCUUGUGUUUUGGAAACGAUGGAUCUACAAGUAUUGUAUCCACAUCCAACUAGCUGAUUCUAUCAUCAAUGAAACUCGUUUGAACAUUCAAAAAGUAGAAAAACACCAAAGGGAUCAAGUAAACACGAUCAUAUCAGUGCGAACUCUACCGCGCUAUCUACUUUCAAAUGUCCUCAACUUCUUGGGAAUCGAGCAGUUAUAUGAAAUGAAGUCGAUCCAUGUCCAAUCCCAUAAACUUCUUUGUCAAAUGUGUAAAGUAAUAUCAAAUUCAAAUGAACAAGGGACGGAUAUGCCUGUUUGUGAUGCCAUCGUCUGUGCUAUCAAGAGUGGGAUUAUUGAGUUUGUUUCUGAGAUGCUGAAGGAGAAUCCAGGACUUGUAUGGGCCAAAGGUGAGAGUGAAAGAGGUAUAUUUUCCAUUGCGGUGCUACAUCGUCAAGCCAAAAUCUUGAGCCUAUUACUCGAGUUUCAUUUGAAGAAUGCCGUGACAUGUUGUUUUGAUGUCAAUUAUAAUGGCAUGUUACAUAUGGCGGGCAUGUCAGCAGAGUCUACCAUGCUUAAUUGCAUCCCAGGUGCAGCUUUGCAGAUGCAAAAGGAACUGCAAUGGUUUAAGGAGGUGGAAACUAUUGUCCAUCACAAGGUUAGAGAACAUAAAAACGAAGAUGGUUUAACUCCCCGAGAAUUGUUUACACAGCAGCAUGAGGCUAUGCUGAAAGCUGGAGAGCAAUGGAUGAAGAACACAGCAACAUCUUGUACAGUGGUCGGUGCCCUCAUUAUUACCAUAAUGUUUGCUGUAGCCUUUACUAUUCCUGGUGGUAACAAGCAAGAUACAGGCUUGCCACUAUUUUUACAGGAAGACUUGUUCAUUAUCUUUAUAAUUUCAGAUGCCUUGUCCCUCUUUUCCUCUUCAACAUCAGUCAUGAUAUUUUUGGGAAUUCUCACAUCUCGAUAUGCAGAAGAUGAUUUCCUCAGGUCUUUACCAACAAAAAUGAUAAUAGGCCUUUCCACCCUCUUCUUUUCUAUUGCAACCAUGAUGAUUGCCUUUUCUGCUGCUCUUUUAAUCAUGCUACGUGGGCAUUCAUGGAUUGUUGAGCCUAUAAUUUGUUUGGCUGGUGUUCCAGUCGCCCUCUUUGUAAUGAUGCAAUUUCGUCUUCUUGUUGAAAUGUUCAUUUCAACUUAUGGACCAGGCAUCUUAGAUAGGAAAAUAAAGCUUACUUUUAACUAAUAGCUUGUGCAGUAUAGUGAAUAAUGUGUUAUUAUGUGUAAAGAUGUAAACGAUUUGAGUUGGAGUAAACAGUGAAUUGUAAAAAUUUGGUCAUUUACUUUUA